AUGUCCACUUCCAACCAAACAUCGAUCCUCUUCACCCUCCCGCUGGAAAUCCGGCACCAAAUCUACUCCUACGUCUACACCUCGAGCGUGCGACCCCACCUCGGCAUCCACACCGACACCCACCUCAUUGACUUGCUGAGCCUCGGAGAGGACCCCGCGCCGUGUCUAGGCCUUGCGCUGCUCCAGACAUGCCGCGCCCUCUACCACGAUGCCCGCCCAUUCCUCUACGCCCAACAGACCUUCUCGAUUUCGAUCAGCGUUAGCGAGCGCGACCAUCGUAAACGAGUCAUCUAUGCCGGGCAUCUCGACCGCACGAACAAGUUGCUGCGGAGCAUUCAGCAUCUCGAGAUCAUCCUGACUCUUAAUCAUGAUUGGCAUGUAGAUCUUGUACUGCGCAGACUGAGGCUGUUGGCGGCUGAGCUCGGGGAGGAAGGAGCGACGUUAAAGUCGUGGGAGGUUACGGCGUAUGCGACGCGGACCUUUGUUACAACUGAAUUCGUGGCGAGUCGCAUUACCGAGAUGUUGAAGCAGCUCGAUGAAGCGGAGGAGGAGAGUAGGGGUGGGGACGAACUGUUCAGAAGCAUGCUGGUGGAGAUGGAGGUAAAGAGCUGGUCUCGCUAUUUGCAUUGGCAGUGUACAGCGUGCGACCCCGAAUAG